AUUUAAAUUAAAAAAAGAUGGAGAAUCCUGUUGAGAGAGCAGUAAAUGAGGCAACUGCAGAUACACUUUAAAUGCCUGAUUAGAAACUAAUGAAAUAGGUGGCUGACUUGGUCAAUCAAAGAGCUGACUAGUAAGAUUCUUAUUCAAGUCUUAGAUCAAAAUUGGCAGUCUAGGCUAUUGGUAAGAGACUUAUGCAGCUUCGUAAUGGCAAGGUUUAAGCUCUUACAAUGGAGCUAAUAGAAUAUCUUGCUUUUACUUGUGAAACACCCUUCUAUACUUAAAUUGCUACCAAUGACUUUCUAUAAAGACUCAACACACUUCUUAAUCCAUAGAUGAAUGCCUAAGUAAUUCUCUUAUUUACCAACUAGAUGUAAUAAAGACUACUCUAAGUCAUCGCAGUGCUUAAGUCACUUAUGUAAUCACAUCAGGAUCUAUUUCCUGCCUUCUUCCAAUUUUUACAAAAGAUAUCUCUUAAACGUAACUGUCUUUAUAGCAUUUUCUUUUUAGAUCAAGUACCCAACAAUUACGAUAGUAAAUAUGCAGUACUCAGAAAGGCAUAACCAGUAUAUACCUCUGGAGCUAGAGUAAACAGUCUAGGAUCUGUAAGAAAUUAUUUAUUAACAAUCUAAGGGUAAUUCCAAAAAUGAUAAACUCAGACGAGAUCUCGAGAUAGUUAAAUCCAAUAUUAGUUUGACUAAUGUAAUUUUAAAUACUAUUUCUAGGAAAUUAUUGAUAAUGCAAAUCCAUAAGAAGAUGCCAGCAAAAAUGAAAUUCUUAAAGACAUGACAACUACUUUGAGAGGAGUUGAAGAAAAAUUAAGAAAGUAUUCUCUCUUUUUCUUAUAAAUAGUUUAAUUACUGAUAUGGGAAACAAUGAUGAAGGUUUAAUGAACUUUUGUUUAGAAUUAAAUGAUGAUCUUCUCAGAGUAAUCAUCCUAACUUAUCCUUUAAUAGACUUUUACUAGAUAUGAAACAUUGAAAAAGCAUAAGAAACCAGAUCCAUUUAGACCUGAAUAACAAUAACAAUAAUAAUAACAAUAACAAUAACAAUAACAAUAAUAAUAACAAUAACAACCUUAAUAACCAUUAACAUAACCAUAAAAUGUUUAACAAAGUCCCUUCCAAUAAUAAUAAAACCCUUUUAGUAUUCCUCCUCCUAUGUAGUAACCAGCAUAACAACCUCCUUAACCUAAACCUUAAUAAAUUGAUUUGCUAAAUUUAUUUGAAUAUGAUGAACCAAAGCCAGCAGUUUAAUAAUAAAAAGGACCUUAACCAACUUAAGCUGUUUAACCUGAAAAAUAAUAAAACAUGUAAUACUUAUUAUUUAUAGUUCCCUAAAGAAUUGAUUUAUUUGAAGUAGAUAUGUCAAAUCCUUAGCCAUAAUAAUAAUAAUAAUUAUUAGCUUCAAUGAUUCCAUAAUCAUAGAUCCCUCCUCUUUCAUAGAUUCCUCCUAUUUCAUAGUUUCCACCUAAUUCAUAACUUCCACCUAUUUCAUAAGUUGCCCCUAUUUAAUAAAUUCCCUCCUUAUAAUAAACCCCAACUCUAUAGUAAUAUGGAUAACCACCAGUUUAAUCUUAAGUUUAUGGAUAACAACCUAUAUAAUCCUAGGUUUAUGGAUAACCACCAAUAUAAACUUAAGCAUAUGGGCAACCUCCUUCUGCUUCUUAAAUAUCAUAAUAAUCUAAUUAUUCUGCUUUAAAUGCAUUCCCACCUUAAUAAUAAUUUUCUACCCAACAAUAACAAUUUGUUAAUUAGUAAUAAUAUGCACAACAAUAAAAUGUAUUAUUUAUUUAUCUAUUAAAAGUUACAAUAAUUAUAUCAACCAUAAUAGCUUGGAUAACCAUAAAAUAAGUAUUAAGCAUUCUAAUAGCAACCAAAUUAACCUAGUCCAUAUUAAUAAACUUAACCUUAUUAACAAUAAGGAUUUCCUUAACAAUAAUAUCCAGUGAUCAGCAGUAAGACAAUCUAAUUAUUUUAGAUGUAUCUAAUUAAUAAAAGAAACCAGAAAAUGAAUUUGACAAUAUACUUAAUUUGGCAGUAGGUUAAAAAUCAUAACCCUAACAAUAAACAUAAUAGCAAUAAUAAAAGUUAGACUUUAUUUGAUAUCUACAUAUAGUUUAAAAAUAUAAGAUCAGAA